GAGGCGGGGCGCGUGCCGAAUGACGCAGGCGCAAUGCGACUCCGGAGGCGCGGGCCGCCCCUGCCGCGGGUUUGGAUCCGGGUCAGUCAGGCGCGGCGGUCGGGGAGAGACGAUCUGAACUGACGGGACCGGAUCACCGGAGCGCCCCAGCUGCGAGGAGUAUUAACGGGAACAUCCAUAGUAGUGCAAAAACUUUCACAAUGAAAUCCGAAGCCAAGGAUGGAGAGGAGGAGAGUCUACAAACUGCUUUCAAGAAAUUAAGAGUGGAUGCAUCAGGGUCCAUAGUAUCGCUGUCUGUUGGAGAAGGCACGAGUGUCAGAGCAUCAGUCAGAACAGCAGCAGAUGAUACCAAACCUAAAACCUCAUGUGCAUCUAAAGACAGUUGGCAUGGGUCUACAAGGAAGUCUUCACGAGGAGCAGUGAGAACCCAGCGUCGUCGACGUUCUAAGUCUCCUGUCCUUCAUCCUCCAAAGUUCAUACAUUGCAGUACAAUAGUAUCUCCUUCCAGCAGCCAGCUCAAGCACAGAAGCCAGACUGACCCCCCUGAUGGCAGCAGUGGGCUGGGAAUAUCAACUCCUAAAGAGUUCAGUGCAGGAGAAAGCUCUGCUUCACUCGAUGCCAAUCACACAGGGGGAGUUGUUGAGCCUUUGGGAACUUCAGUUCCAAGGCUCUCAUCAGAGAGUAAGACAGAAGACUCCUGUGAUGCUACCCAAGUCUCCCACACAAGUCUCAAGGCCAGCGAUCUCUCUGACUUUCAAUCUGUUUCCAAGCUAAACCAGGGCAAGCCAUGUGCAUGCAUAGGCAAGGAGUGCCAGUGUAAGAGAUGGCAUGAUAUGGAAGUGUAUUCCUUUUCAGGCCUGCAGAAUGUUCCUCCCUUGGCCCCAGAACGAAGAUCCACACUUGAGGACUACUCUCAGUCGCUGCACACCAGAACUCUGUCUGGCUCUCCCCGUUCCUGUUCUGAGCAAGCUCGAGUCUAUGUGGAUGAUGUGACCAUUGAGGACCUAUCAGGCUACAUGGAAUAUUACUUGUAUAUUCCCAAGAAAAUGUCCCACAUGGCAGAAAUGAUGUACACCUGAUAGUAAGAAGCUAAUUCACAUGCUUUAAACCAAUGAAGGGUUGUCAAAGAGAUUUAGUUAAUGGCAGACCUUGUGGCCACUUUGUGUGAGAAGACAUCUUUCUGCUCACUGUGCUUGCAAUAAAAACUUUUCUUGGCAUCUCA